AUGGCGCCGUCAGGCAAGAAGGGCAAAGGCAAGACUGGGACUAAGCAGAAGAAUAAGAAGGGGAAGAACCAGGAAGAGUCCCAGGGCCAGACGCCACAACUGGAGAUUCCUCCUGAGCAACAAGAGCAACCCCAGCAGGAACUUUCGCAGCUCGAGGCAGACGCAGAGGCUCAGCCUCAACAAGCAGAAGUCACACCCAACCUUGACUCUGUACCGGAGCCCAUCCCAGAGCUGGAGGUGCUCCCGGAGAAAGAAGCAGAACUGGAGCAACAUCCUACAGUCGAGGAGGUGUCUACUCCAGCAGCCGAACAUCCACCUCAGUCACCGCCCCCUGCGGAAGGUCAUCCCACCCAGCAGACUGAGCCUGAACUUGCCUCACAUCAACACCAAGACGUGGAAGAUGCUUGGGCAGAGUCUGGCCCGACCCUCGAGUCCCACGUUGAGGAUAUAAAUCUCUCUGAACGUCCUCUCGAGACCACGGAGAUCAUCUCUGAAGACAAAGGCACGUCGGAAGUCCCAAGUGGCACAGCAGAACCGUCCGAGCCAACCCCAGUCACGGCACCCCAGACUCCAUUACUUUCAACUGGACCAGCAUCCAUUCCUCUCCCAUCCCCUUCACCAACGGAGACCCAAUUCAUUGCGACUUCGCCCCGCGCCCACGCGGAGGAUCUCGAAUCAGACCCGCCUUUCACUACUCCAACGAACCGUUUCUUUGAUUCGACGGCUCAUUCGUCCAUCACCGAGGACUUCCUAGCUGGGUCCAAGCCUGCAUCUCCGGCACCCCAGGCGGCUUCAACCCCCGUGCCUGCUUCGCCGGGCUUCAAGGCCUCGUCACCAGUUCCCUAUUCGUCCCACUCGCCCAGAGCCGCAUCACCCUUCUCUAAACCAGCCUCGCCGGUCCCGCGAACGCACUCGCCCUUGGCUCGAGCCAUUUCCCCGAUGGAGCAGCCUGCCUCUCCAAAGGAGGAGGCAGCUUUGCCUAUGGAUAAAGCUGCCUCCCCACAGCAGGUUGCUACCCCCGUGUCCCGAGCGGCUUCGCCCAUGCAACAGCCUCCCUCGCCAGCCCCGCAGGCUGCUUCCCCCGUCCCAAAACCUGCAUCCCCAGUGCAAAAACUGGUGUCGCCGGUUCCAAAGUCUGCUUCACCUGUCCCCAAGAUCAGCAGUCCCCUGGCGCGCUCGGCUUACAUGUCUCCGGUGAUGUCCCCACAUGCGUCACCGCCGCCACCGGCUCCGACAGUCCCCGGUAUGUCUCCAUCAGUGGCUCCCAGCUACGCAACUGCCUAUCACUCCCCUGUGAUGACUGCGUCGCCAUACAUGCCACAAUAUGCAUACUACCAUCAUCCGCCACCGAACAUGCCGACUCCCCGGGGCUCUAUCGAUCCUCCGUCCGCAACAUCCUUCCAGGCGUUGCGGGAUCUCGCAUAUGCAAAUGGCCACGGAAUCAAUCGGAAAGGGACCAUGUCUCCACCAGAGCAUGAGGAGCCCAUUGAGCUGCUCCAAAGGAUUCAAGAUGCCAUCCCCGACAUCAACCGCUUGCUCGACAGCUACAAGAACACGAAGGGGAAGCUGAAUGCACGCGAGGCCGAAUUCAAGCAUCUGACCAACCAACACGAACAAGACCUGAUGCACAAGGAUUUCUACAUUGAGGCUUUGCAAAAUCAGAUGAGGAAAACGGCCGCUGAGUCUGCGGAGGAGUCUCGAAAACUCAAGAAUACCAUCAACGAACUCCGGAUGGAGCUAGGUAAUCUCGAAGAGAAACGGAAGGACUUUGAGGAAAAAUUCGAGGAUGCCGAAAAGUCCAACGAAGAGCUGUCAGCCCGGAAGACUGAGCUGGAAGGGGAGAUUACCACAUUGAACAACAACCUUCGCGAAGCACAGGAAGCCCAUGAAAGGGAGUUGGAGAAACAAAAGGCGGAGAAGGAGGAAGCCCUUGCCUCUCAGAAGCAGGAGCUGACCGAGCUCUUCGAGGAGAUCCGAGCCGAAGAUGAGAAGACGGCGGCUGAGAACCUCGAAGCACGCGAAAAGGAGCUCCUUGGUCAGCAAGAGGCGAUGAAGGCCGACUACGAGAAGGAGAAGCAGCAGAUGCAAGAAUCUCACGACGCCCUCCAAGCCGAGUACGACUCGAAGGUCAGCGAACUGGAAUCGACAAAGACAGCUCUCGACGACAAACAAAAGGAACUCGACGACACCCGGGAGCAGCAUGCCAAGGAAAUCGAGUCGAUGAAGAACAGCCACGAGGCGACAGUGGCUGAAAUGAACCAGCGCUGGACUGAAGAAAAGAACGACCUGGAAAAGCGACUUACGGACAAGAUCGACGAGUGUGCCGGCGUCGAACGUGAGAACAAGAAAUUGGAAGAAGACAACCUGGUCAAGGAGCAGCAGCUUCAGCAUGCGGUGGAUGGCAUGCGGACCACUAUUGACAAUCUGGACAAGGACUGCGACAGGCUGCGGAAGACCCUGCACAGCCUGGGAGAAGCCACAGACCUGAAGAGCACAAAGGGGGAUUCAUUCUUUUUGGACUGCUUCGGCCAGCUCUCCCAUCUGAUUGUCUCCCUGUCCCAGGAGCACUUCACGUACCUCGCCAUUGACCCUCCCAAGGAUAUCCUGUCGAAACUGCCUCCGGAGCUACCGUCGUUCCUCGACAACACUCCUGCGUCGCGUGAACUGCGCGCUGCAUACGUACAGCAUGUCAUCUCGAAGACAUUGACCUACCGGAUCUUCCACCCAUUCUUGUUCACCCUGGGUCGCCGGUACGACAAAGCGGACACGUUCUUCCAGAUGCUGUCGAUGGACAUCCGUCGCAAGUCCGUGCGCCGCGAGGCCUUCUGGCGCCAGCAGACGCUCAAAGCCGCCUACACGACCUCCGACGCCAAGCAGUCCAUCAACGUCGUGGCCGCCGUGAUCGUCGACGAGAUCGUCGACCACCUCAAACACUUUGCCGACCCCCGCCGCCUGGACUCCCUCGUGGUCGGCGUGCGCAAGAUUGUCAAGCUGGCGGCCGAGACGUGGCGGCAUGCGCGCGUCGAGCGCGAGCUCAUCCUGGCCUCGCUCCCGGCCCCGGAGGCCGAGGUGUCCUCGAACGAUGACUGGGAGGAGUGCGGCACCCCCAAGGAAGGCACGGUGGGCUCUCGAGACGACCCCAGCCGACAUGUCAUCCUGCGGACGUUCCCACGGAUCAUGCGCGAGGCGGCGCAUGAGGAUUUUGCGGAAGAUCCCGAAAAGGCCGCCCCCUGCAUCUACGCCCGCGGCGGCGUCUUGUACUCGGACUCGCCGGUGGUGAUUGCGCGACUGCAGGAGCUGGCGAAGAAGUCGACGGAUGCGUUGGCGUGUGGAGAGGAGGUAGCGGCUGAGGGUGUCAAGGCCUGA